CCUAAAGAGUUGAUGGAGGGCGGGAAGAUUUGUGCGAUAUUUUGGUUUGACUAUUCUGAUUUGACUGUGUCAAUAAUUAACGUUAUUUGAUUUAAAGCUAUUGCACUAUGAGUUGGUUGAGUAAACAAGAUGGUGGCGAUGUAGGAUAUGAGAAUCUCUUGUCAGAACCGUCGGAAAAAAACGAGUCUUUCGAAAGAGUUCCAAGUGCUUUUGAGAAUCAUUCUGAAAGAUUCCAAAUUAAAGACAGAAAUUUUACAAGACAGUAUGCACAUUUGUAUGCAGAAAGACUCUGGAGCUUCCGGCCUAACAUAGUGCAGGCAGCAAAAGAUAAAUGGGGAAAAGACAUUGCGAUACGGAAACUUCACGAGUUACAAAUUGAUGAGAAAUGUGUCAUAAUUGGAACACUUUUUAAACACAUGGAAGCCAAGCCGAGUAUUCUAAAGGAAAUCAGUGAGGAGCACAACUUGAUGCCCCAGCCAGUGCGGACGAGGUACACGGAAGACUCAGACAAGCUGUUGUUGGAGGAUGAGCUCCAGAGGAUAUUUCUGGUCGGGAAGCUCAAGGUGCAGACGUCAAUCACAGGUGUCAUAGUUGCAGUGUACGGAAAGGAACCCGAUGAUGACCGCGGGAAGUUCUAUGUGGAGGAUUAUUGCUAUCAAGCAUUGCCAGAACAGGCGCCUCGCCCAGAUGUGGGGGAAAGUUACAUAGUAUUCCUGUCUGGUUUGAACAUUGGUGGUAAGGAGGAGAAGAUGUUUUCUCUACAACUGUGUGUGGAUUUGAUCACCGGUCAGCUAGGGGACGCGGCUCAGCAGAAAACCAUGUCACACAUUUCCCGUGUUAUCAUCGCAGGCAACUCACUCAGUCAGUCGACACAGGACAAGAAGAGUCUAAACAAGGCGAAAUAUUUAACGAAAAAGACAGCAGCAGGUUCUGUUGAGGCUAUUAAGAAUUUGGAUGAUGUUCUAGUCCAGUUGGCAUCGUCUGUUGAUGUUGACCUGAUGCCGGGAGAAUUCGACCCAUCAAACUACACUCUACCACAGCAACCACUUCACCACUGCAUGUUUCCACAAGCCAUGAUGUAUCCGACAAUGCAUACAACAACAAACCCAUACAACUGCUCUGUAAAUGGUGUCAGGAUUCUUGGCAUGUCUGGCCAGUCGAUAGAGGACAUCUGGAAAUACAGUACUCUGGAAGAUCCCAUUGAGAUUCUGGAGCGCACCCUAGAAUGGGGACAUCUGGCCCCAACUGCUCCGGACACGCUAGGAUGCUAUCCAUUUUAUGCUGAAGACCCUUUUAUCAUCAAGGAAUGUCCUCAUAUCUAUUUUGCUGGAAACUGCACAGAAUUCAAAUCUAAAAUUCAUAAAGGUCCUAAAGGCCAGGAAGUGUUAUUGAUCUCCAUACCCCGAUUCAGCCAGACCUGUUCCUGUGUUGUUGUUAAUUUGCAAACUCUGACAUGUGAUCAGCUGAAAUUCGAUUCCCAGUUUAUCUCAAGUUCUCAUUCCAGUCCAGAAAUUGACAAGUGAACGUACAAAUAUAAUUGAUUUCCCUUCAUCGUUUGGGAUCCACCACUCAAAUAAAGGAUGUGGAUUUUCCUUAAAAAUUAAAUACAUUUCUUAACUCCGAUUCUCGAAUAAAUUGAUGACAGUGUAA